AUGCCGCAGAAAAGUGGUAGCGAUGUUGCUAAUAGAGCAUGGAACAUCCUGCGUCUAGCAUUGUUGUGGGCAAGAAAAGGUGGUGUUUUCAAGAGACGUUUAAUGAUGGAGCUGCGUGUUGUGCCUAAGUUUCUUAAAAGCCUAGGACACAAUUCUCGUCGCGACCGAUUGCAUUAUGGAGAGCGCGAACUCUCCUUCGACGAGACCCCUAUUUUCCAUGUCAAGAUGCACCGCCCAGCUUCCAUGCGAUUCAGCAUACCUUGCAUAACCCCACAGGUUGACUUUGACUACGAUUUUGAUGAUGAAGUAAUUAGGGAAGAUGAUAUUUAUCAAGAUGGAUCUGUUUAUGAAUCUUAUGAUGAAAUGAGGAGGAGUUUCUUAUUAAAAAGUGGAGAUGAAGAAGAAUACGAAGAUGAAUACGAGACGUGUGAGGAAAAAAUCCCAGCAGAGGAAAAAGGGAUUGAUAUGAGAGCUGAGGAGUUCAUAGCUAAGUUCCGUCAGCAAAUGAGGCUUCAAAGGCAGAUCUCGUAUCUAAAGUGCCAUGAGACACCGAAAAAAGGCACAAGUUGA